AGGGGAGGGGGCUGUCCCCCGCGAUGAUGGCGGAGCAGGUGAAAUGCGCGUCUCCGGGACCCGGCGCGGGGCCGGUGGUGAACGCGGAGCUGGAGGUGAAGAAGCUGCAGGAGCUCGUGCGCAAGCUGGAGCAGCAGAACGAGCAGCUGCGCAGCCGGGCGGCCAGCGCGGCCUCCGCCGCCCCGCACCUGCUGCUGCUGCAGCCGCCCGCGCCGCCGCCGCCGCCCUCCGCGCCGCCCUCCGCGCCGCCCGCCGCCGCCGCCGCCGGGGCCUGCAGCCCGCUCGGACCGCGCAGCCCCCCGGCCGCCGCCGCCGCCCUCGGCCCCGCCGGCGGGGCUGCGGGAGGCUCCGGGCCCGCGUUCCCCGCCGCCUUCUGCCUGCCCAGCCCCGCGCCCUCCCUGCUCUGCAGCCUGGCGCAGCCCUCCGAGGCGCCCUUCGUCUACUUCAAGCCGGCCACCGCCUUCUUCGGCGGCGGCGCAGCCGAGCCCGGGCUCGCGGCGACGACAGCGCCCGGGGAAGCCGCCGUGCCGCCCUCGCCGCCCCCCACGCUGCUGGAUGAGGUGGAGCCGCUGGACCUGGACGGUGUCGCCGCCUGGAGGGACGAGGACGACGACACCUGGUUAUACGUUGGCUCUUCAAAGACAUUCACCUCAUCCGAGAAAUCCCUGAGUCCUUUGCAGUGGUGUAGACGUGUCCUAGAUAACCCGACUCCUGAGAUGGAAGCAGCCAGGCGUUCCCUGUGCUUUAGACUGGAGCAAGCGAGCCGAUGGCGGAGUCUCUUCUCUUCGACUGCCUCCCUGGCUUUUCCUUAUAGCCCUGUUGCAAGACUCAGCCCUUAUAGCAAUGGCAUUAGUGCUCCCAGCUUCUCUAAAACCUCCAGUAAAGCAAUACUAACACCUGAGAGAACAGGUUAUACUUCCAGGGCUUCACCUCUCAGUCCCCAGUCAUCUAUUGACAGUGAGCUGAGUACUUCGGAAUUGGAAGAUGACUCUAUCUCCAUGGGAUAUAAAUUACAGGACCUCACUGAUGUCCAGAUCAUGGCUCGUCUACAAGAAGAAAGUCUCAGGCAAGAUUAUGCUUCUACGUCUGCAUCUGUGUCAAGGCAUAGCUCCAGUGUGUCAUUGAGUUCAGGGAAAAAAGGGCCCUGUAGUGACCAGGAGUACGACCGGUACAGUCUGGAGGAUGAGGAAGAGUUCGAUCACCUGCCACCCCCUCAGCCUCGCCUUCCCAGAUGCUCCCCUUUCCAAAGAGGCAUUCCCCACUCACAGACUUUCUCCAGCAUCCGGGAUUGUAGGCGCAGCACCAGCUCCCAGUAUUUUCCUUCAAGUAAUUACCAGCAGCAACAGUAUUACUCACCUCAAGCCCAAACUCCAGACCAGCAACCAAAUAGGACCAGUGGAGAUAAGCUCCGAAGAAGUAUGCCUAAUCUUGCCCGGAUGCCAAGUACCACUGCGGUUAGUAGCAGCAUUAGCUCUCCCGUCACCGUGAGGAACAGUCAGAGCUUUGACUCAAGCCUGCACGGGGCAGGAAAUGGGCUUUCAAGAAUACAGUCUUGUAUUCCAUCACCGGGACAGAUUCAACACAGAGUCCACAGUGUGGGGCAUUUCCCAGUGUCUGUGCGGCAACCCCUUAAAGCCACAGCCUAUGUGAGUCCAACUGUGCAAGGCAGCAGCAGCAUGCCAAUCUCCAACGGCUUACAGCUCUAUUCCAACACAGGCAUCCCCACCCCUAACAAAGCGACCACUGCAGCUUCUGGAAUCCUGGGCCGCAGCGCACUUCCAAGACCUUCACUGGCAAUAAACGGGAGUAACCUGCCCCGGAGCAAAAUUGCACAGCCUGUCAGAAGUUUCCUGCAGCCUCCAAAGCCGCUGUCUUCACUCAGCACGCUGAGGGAUGGAAAUUGGAGAGAUGGUUGCUACUGACGCGGUUUUGGGUACCCGUGACGACUGGGAACGAUGUGAAAAAUGAGGGUCAUGUUGCCUGGCUGGCUGGGUAACAGCGGAUGUUGGGAUAUUCUUUCCCUUUCACAUUUUAACGUAUUUACUGGGUUGUUUUUCAAUGGACCAAUCUACCAGAGACUAAUUAUUGCACUUAAAUAUUUGCCUGAGAUACUGCAGCAUUCUCAGAACUGCGGUUGCAGUAUUGUGACAUUUUAGACCUAGGAAGAUUUUUGUAGAACUGCUCUGUACCUGAAUACUUUUUUGAAAGAACUGAGACGUGUCAAUAAUGCUUUGCCAUAUGAGUUUUUUAAGGUAACUUCUUCAUUUUACUGACGUGUUCUAAACACCUUUCCAUUACACGUUCCACAUUUUAAUAUGUUCAUAUUUUAUAAUUAGGUUCUGUAACAUAUGCUUUGAGGUUUACUUUUUUUUAUAGUUUACAGGAAUUUUAUUUUCUUUUGUGCCUAUUUCUUUUUACACCACUGUGUGAACCACUAUGGAACAACUUAAAUUUUGUGCCAUAAAAAUAUUUUUGUGGUAAGGUACUAUUUUUUUAGCUCUAGGGAUAUAUCAGCAAAAAUACACCAUGCAAUUUGAGACAUAAUUUUCUGUUGAAUGAGCACAAUGUAAUCUAAAUCAUUGGAAGGAGACAGCCAGACGGCAGAGUUAAAACAGUCUUGUCUUUUUCAUUGUUAAUUUAUUGUCGUACAUGGGUUUCCUAUUUAUAAUGACAUCACAAGCUCAUUGCAUUUAAUACCUGCAAUGUUUGCUACUCUACCACAAUUGAUUUUCAAUACUUUAUUACAAAGAAUGAAAACUGUAAUGUUUUAUUAACAAUGCUUCUGGAAAUGAAUGCAUUUUAAAGCAAAUAAAUCUUUUUGAUAGACCUUUUACAAAACCCAUUUGCACUAAUGAAUGCUUUCUUAUGGUAUAUGACUUACUGUUUGUUACUGUGUACACUGCUGUUUUGGAAUGUUCAGAAAUAAAGACUCUAUUUCAGCAAUA